UAAAGACAUUAGCGGAGGAACAGCAUAAUGAUCAAAGAGCAUGAGCAUCCUCAACAAUGAAGUUACGAUUUAGUCCAAAUCCUACCAUUAUUCCCUCAUUACCUUCCACCGUUUCAGUCAUUAUCCCCAACUUCACUCCACUUCCCAAUCCUUCCUUCUCCAAGAAUUUCACCACUUCAGGUCUGAGUUGUGCAGGAAGAAAGAAUUUAGUGCUCCGUGCGCAGAAUUUGGGAUAUAACGGUGAGCAACAGCUAAUUGACUUGAUGGAUUCUGAAAAGGAAGCUGUGGAACUAAACAGAAACCUUUAUCCAAAUAUCGAGCCGUAUAGUAUCGGCUUUUUGAAGGUUUCAGACAUUCACACGAUCUAUUGGGAGCAAUCCGGAAACCCGAAUGGGCAUCCAGUUGUCUUUCUUCAUGGGGGCCCAGGAGGUGGAACUGCACCAAGUAAUAGGACAUUCUUUGAUCCUGAUUUUUACCGGAUCAUUCUCUUUGAUCAGAGAGGUGCUGGGAAAAGUACACCACAUGCUUGCUUGGAAGAAAACAAGACAUGGGAUCUUGUUGAUGAUAUCGAAAAGCUUAGAGAACACUUAGAAAUUCCAGAAUGGCAGGUGUUUGGAGGGUCAUGGGGAAGUACACUUGCGCUUGCAUACAGCCAAUCACACCCAGACAAGGUCACGGGCAUGGUCCUCAGAGGCAUAUUUCUUUUGCGAAAGAAAGAGAUUGAUUGGUUUUACGAGGGUGGUGCUGCUGCCAUAUACCCUGAUGCUUGGGAGCCAUUUAGAGAUCUUAUACCAGAAAAUGAGAGGGAAAGCUUCAUCCAUGCCUAUCACAAGAGGUUAAACUCUAAUGAUAUGGAAACACAAUAUGCAGCUGCGAGAGCUUGGACCAAAUGGGAAAUGAUGACAGCCCAUCUCCUCCCUAAUGAAGAGAUCAUCAAGAAAGGUGAUGAUGACAAUUUUUCAUUGGCAUUUGCAAGAAUUGAAAAUCAUUACUUCGUGAACCAGGGAUUCUUUCCUACAGAUUCGUUCCUUUUAGAUAAUGUUGAUAAGAUAAGGCAUAUUAACACUACUAUUGUACAGGGAAGAUAUGACGUUUGCUGUCCUAUGAUGUCAGCAUGGGAUCUUCAUAAAGCAUGGCCAGAGGCAGAUUUGAAGGUUGUUCCGAAUGCUGGACAUUCUGCUAAUGAACCUGGAAUAGCUGAGGAACUUGUAGCUGCAAACGAGAUGCUGAAAAAAAGUAUCAAGAAGAAUUUACUCUGAGAGGACCGGAAUUACACAUGAGAAGACGAGUUUCCUGUAAAACGGUCUUGGAGGCUUUUAAUGCUAUGAAAUAAACGAAUCCUUGAACGA